AGUACUAUGUAAACAAGUCCAGUAGGGGGCGGUAGGUAAUUUUGUACGAAUGCAUGAAAAUAAGUAGUAGAUGAAGAAUUAUGUUUGGUAUUUUUAGCUCUACAUUGAGACUUACAGGCCGUUUUAUUUACAGUAUAUACGGUUUCUGGCUCAAGAGAUCAAUCUGCAGUGAUUUGUGUUAAAGCCGAGAAAUGUCUCAGUUGUUGUUGUAUCCUGUAAUUUAUCGAGAUUUGUGUACAGUGUGAGGUUUAAAUCUGCCUGGCAGGUUUGACCGAGGGCACACUAGCGUACCACCAAAGUCCAUUCAGCCUCAAUAGCUAACCUGGAGAAAGUCUGGCACCAGUUUACCUGACAGGAGCUCACUGCGAGGAAGUGUCACACGUGACAGCAGAAAUGAACCGUCAGGCUCCACAGGCAGCAGGUCUUGACCCUGCCGUGCUGAGAGACCAACUCUUCGAACUAUGGAACCGGAAAGAUCUGCAGACGGUCACCCUGAGUUCACUCUCAGAGCAUCAAGCACUGGAGCUCCAGCAUCGUGUUCUGCGUUUACCUGCGGACACCCAGGUCAGCUUUGUUGAGAGCCUCAUAAACAUCUACCACCUUGGCUCCCUGGACCCAGCCGUGCUCAGACUGCACUUUGUGAAGCUUCAGGCUCUUAACUGCUACAAAGAGGCAGCUGUUCUCUGCAUAAAGCUUAAUUUGCAGAAGGAAGUGAAUAUGGAGCAGAUGUGCAUACCGUUAAUCUUGCAGGAUAAGCUGCCACUGGCAGAGUCCUUUGUCACGGGCCACAAUCAUCUGGAACAACUACUUGUCACACUGCUGGACUCCUGGUGCCACCCCAGCUUCCGUGUAGAAGAGUUAAGCAAGCAGUUCCCUCGUCUCUCCCUGUCCAAACACAGCAUGGGCCUCAUCGCACCCAAAAUGCUCACCAAACACAUCUUAAGACUUGCAGAGAAAUUCCACAUCGACCAAGGUCUAUAUCCCAAUGCUCUUCACAAGAGGAGACUGGACUCUUUACGUUUCCUAAUGUACAAGAGGUUUGUGGAGAAAAGCAUGACCGAGGAGAACUGGAGUGACCACGUACAGAGUGUAGUGGCAGAUGACCUUGAGCUGCAGAUACAAUUGGUGGAGAUGUUGGUAAAGUACCACAGUCUCCAGAAAGCCUCUCAGUGGUCUCUGAAUUACAACGUCCCCAGAAAUCGACUUCCCUUUGGGGUGUGGGACACACAGCAGUGCUUACCACCUGAUCUACAACAGAUAUGUCCGAGUGAUUCAGCAAAAACUGAGGAGUGGAUAUCAUCUCAGCAUCAUUGUCAAAGGUUCUACCAGGUGCCACUCACCAAAGACAAGGUUUCCUUUGUGGGCACGGCAGAAGCUCUCCAGAGAUGUCGAAACAUUGUGCUGAAGGACGGUGGUAUAGUGGGUAUUGACAUGGAGUGGCAGCCCACAUUUGGCUGCAUCGUGACUCAGCAAGUGGCCCUGAUACAGCUUGCAGUCAAUGACCAGGUUUUUUUAUUGGACCUUUGUGCAAAUGGAUUCUGUCAACACCCAGAUACCAUUAGUUUCAUCAGGAGUUUGUUCUCAGAAAGAAAUGUCCUUAAACUGGGUUAUGGAAUGACUGGGGAUCUCAAGUGUCUGUUGGCCACCUGGCACCAGUUUUCAGAUGAGCCACUGAAGAUGGAGGGGGUGCUCGAUCUUCUCAGUGUACACAAAAAGAUCCAGAGUAGUAAGGUCAAGAGGACUCAGAAUGGCCCUAAAGAGGUGCUGGUUGGAGCACGCUCUGUAGAGAAAGGCCUCAGUCUGCUGGUACAACAGAUCCUGGGAAAGCCCCUGGACAAGACAGAGCAGAUGUCCAACUGGGAGAAACGUCCACUGCGCAUCAGCCAAAUUAGAUAUGCAGUGGCAGAUGCCUACUGUUUGCUGGAUGUGUACUCAGUCCUCUCCAGGAACCCAGCACGCUUCGGGCUGCCGGCUGACCUGCGCAGCAUUUCUUCAAGCCAGUCAGAGAAGAGCGGAGACAAGACGCAGAAGAAGAAACUGGCCAAGCAGAAGAAACAGACCCUUGAAGAGGAAUGUCAGGGGGCUCAAAGGGUCAGUCCCCCUCGCUCUGACAUGGAGAAAGGCCUCCUGUGUGGCGAGAAGCCCUCAGAAUACCCCCCUCCUCUGCUGCCCCAGCAGUUGCGGGUGGUGUGUGACAACAUGCUACAGGGACUUGGGAGGUACCUGCGCUGUCUAGGAGUCGAUGUGAUCAUGUUGGAGAACACUGAUGAUCACAGAGAAGCAGCAAGGUUAGCACAAGCUGAAGGCCGUGUCAUACUCACAUGUGGACAACCGUUCCAAAGUUUACGUUCCCAGGUGGGUGAGGGUCGCUGUCUGUCCCUAGAAUGCACAGAGAAGGCCAGAGACCAGGCUGUCCGAGUCCUCAGACACUUCAACGUCCAGCCAACUCCCAGCGAUAUAUUCAGCCGCUGCCAGGCGUGUAACAGUGAUCAAUAUGUGGCAGUGCCCAGAGAAGACAUGGUCAGGAUGCUUAAACAGAAAGGAUUUCUGCAGGACCAGGUGGACACUGAACACACACAACAGACGUCCCGUCAACAGGAAGACAAGAAGCUUGGUGACAUCUUGACCCCUUGCAUGACCCCUGAACUCCCCAGGUAUGCUCUUCAGUGUCGUUGGGCCCCCCUCUCAGGGCUGGACCCCGACACCCUGACCUUUCCCGGGGGGGCACCCAUACAGCUCCAUACCGUGCCCCCUGCCCUCCUGCCGAGAAUACCACUCUUCUAUGUCUGCACCAGAUGUGGCAAGGUGUUCUGGGAAGGCUCUCACUUCGGCCGCGUCCUCUCCAUGUUUCAGGAGGUCUUACAUGUAACAGCUGAGGACACUGAUUCAGUUGCAGCAGCACACCUGAGCUGACUGAUACAGAGCCCAUGCAGUUUACCAAACCAAAAACACAUCCAGAAUCAUACACAUCAUACACAUACAACCAAUUCAGUUGCCUCUUACUUUGGUUCUGAUAAUUGUAGUUCUUAAUUUACUUGAUAUCAUAAUAAUAAAGGAGGCAUAAAGACAACAGAUUAACACCGAUGUUUCAAAUGCAUCUUUAGAUUUGUGUCGCUUAGAGAAAAGGUGAGUUCAAAUAUUUCUUUUCUACACCUGAAUCAGCUGACUGCCCUCAGAAGUCGUACCUCCUCUUACCCAUCAGGUACUGCUGCAGUAAAAAAUCUCUUCCACACCUGAAUGUUCCGUAUGAUAGGUGCGUAGGCAGAGCAGACACGCCCGAAGAAGAAUUAACACCCACACACUUGCUCUUUAAAGAACAUUUAAUGCAACGUUAUAGUCAGGUAUUGACUGAAAUGUUGAAUUAAAUGACUCAUCUGGAACUAAAGCCUGACAGUCAUACAAAGAAAUGAAAGGUUAAUCAUUGUUAUUAUUUACUUUUACGGUUAUUUUACAUAUCUUUUGUCAUCCCCAGCUGCUUUUCUAUAGUGUAUAUAUUAAUGUGCACAUUGCAAACGGUGGUGUUUUUAAUUUCAGUGAUCCAAAGAUGGGUCAUGAUCGCAUUUUGAGUUUUCUUAUUUAUUGUCUUCAUUAUUGUAACCUGGCACAUUCAUUGUGAUUCACGGUUUGAAUCAGAUUGAGAUAAUUUCUGUUUAUACAUUAAUCUUUCAAAAAAUGCUCUUCAGGUUAUUUAAUCUUCAAAAUUUGAAAGCACAUAAAGUUUUUACAGUUUAUAAUGUUUUAAGUUUGUUCCGAACAAGAGUGUCAAUUACAUUCUUUUUAAUGAAAUUGUUUUGACUGUAAAGCUAAAUAAUGCCAGGACUCAGUUCUUCUGCAUAUUUAGCAGUCUGGUACUGUACACGUUCAUUCUCUAUUAUAACAUUUGUAUAUAUUUUUUUAUUAUUUAGGUGUAAACUAAGUAUGUGUUA